AUGAUCGCCGGAAUAGUCCUCGGAACGGUAGAUGUGAUGCAUAUGAGUGCUUUCAUUAUCUCCAUUUCCUCCUAUCCUAACUCUCAUCAGGGGUUUUUCAGAGCGCGUUCGAAACAACCCAGCGAUGAAUCUGUUGAUGGCACUCCUAAUAAACAAGCCAUCAAAACCUUAACGUCUCAGAUCAAGGAUAUGGCAUUGAAGGCUUCGGGUGCAUACCGCCACUGCACACCGUCAUGCACGAGUCAGCCAACUCAGGCGCAGCAACUGAAGAACCGGAGCAUAGGGGGCGAGUCGGACUCGGCGGCGUCGGAUAGAUUCCGAUGGUCCUACCGGCGGACGGGGAGCUCAAACUCGAGCUCCACUGCCGGGAGGAAGGAGCUGGAGGCAAGGCUGAAGGGAAUUUCUAGCGGCGAGGGUACACCGGCGUCGGCAAGUGGCCGGCGAGUUGACCCGAUUGUGUUCGUUGAAGAGAACGAGCCGAAAGAGUGGGUAGCUCAGGUGGAACCCGGUGUGUUAAUUACCUUUGUGUCCUUGCCACGUGGCGGAAAUGAUCUUAAGCGCAUUCGAUUCAGCCGAGAAAUAUUCAACAAAUGGCAAGCUCAAAGUUGGUGGGCCGAGAAUUGUGAGAAAGUGUCGGAACUUUACAAUGUCCAAAGACUAAACCGCCAAGCUUUUGCUCUCCCAACAACUCCAAGAUCUGAAGAUGAUAGCAGUUCGAAGAUUGAAUCUGCUGAAGCCAGUCCAGUAACACCACCACUGGGCAGAGAAAGACUCCCGCGUACUUUACACCGACCAACUGGAAUGACGUUCUCAUCUUCAGAUUCACUCGAUCAGCAGUCAAUGCAUUCUCGAUAUAACUGUGAUUCUUUUGGCGUUGCCUCAACUCCAAAACUCUCGAGCAUUAGUGGAGCUAAAACAGAAACAUCCUCAAUGGAUGCCUCCAUGAGGACUAGUUCCUCUAAGGAUGCUGAUCGCUCUGGAGAGAUAUCGAUAAGCAAUGCCAGUGAUCUUGAAACUGAAUGGGUUGAACAGGAUGAGCCCGGGGUAUACAUUACCAUCAGGGCAUUGCCAGAUGGUAAAAGAGAACUCAGACGCGUUAGAUUCAGCCGAGAGAAAUUUGGGGAGAUGCAUGCUAGACUAUGGUGGGAAGAGAAUAGAGCCCGGAUACAUAAACAAUACUUGUGA